AUGGUGCAGUUCGAGUCUCGCUCGGGGUCCGAGAGCCCCUCAACAGCCUUCGUCAACGGCGACAAGCACAGCAAGAGGAGCAAGAGCAGGGAGAGCAGCAGUAACGGCAGCAACGGCAGCAAGAAGAGGUUCCGUGAUGGAGACUCCAAGUCCCAGGUCGCCUCUGGCCCGAAUGGCACGGGCACCCGCUCCAUUGGCGAGCGCCGCUCCAGCGUCAGCAAGCCGGCGCGCGAUUUCCGUGACAAGCCCGAGCCGCUGCCCAAAAAGAAGAAAAGAAAGACAACCGCGACGCCCGACGAUGCCGUCGACUCAUCCACGCGCUCGCCGAGUCCCGUCAUCGACUUUGACGGCCUGAGCCGCCCGAGCGUCGGCACGCGCGAACGCCUUGAGGAAGACGCCGCGCAGCAAGAGGCGCGACUGAAUCGCAUGAAGGGCGCCGUCCGGACGCUGCUCGAGUGUGUGGGCGAAGAUCCCGACAGAGAGGGCCUUCUGGCGACACCCGAACGCUAUGCCAAGGCCAUGCUGUUCUUCACCAAGGGCUACCAGGAGAACGUGCGUGACAUCGUCAAUGGCGCCAUCUUCCAGGAGAACCACAACGAAAUGGUCAUUGUCAAGGACAUUGAGGUGUUCAGCAUGUGCGAGCACCAUCUGGUGCCUUUCACCGGCAAGAUGCACAUUGGCUACAUCCCCAAGAAUGCUGUCAUUGGCAUUUCUAAGCUGCCCCGCAUCGCCGAGAUGUUUGCUCGCCGGUUGCAAAUUCAGGAACGUUUGACACGCGAGGUGGCCAAUGCCAUCAUGGAGGUGCUCAAGCCUCAAGGCGUCGCCGUCGUCAUGGAAUCAAGCCACCUCUGCAUGGUCAUGCGUGGCGUUCAGAAGACGACCAGCAGCACCAUCACGAGUUGCGUGCUGGGCUGUUUUGAACGGAAGGAGAAGACGAGAAACGAAUUCUUGAGCCUGAUUGGCGUCAAUCGUUGA